AUGAGCUCCCCCGAUGAGGCGUCCGUUUUGGGGGCCGAUAUGGGCCCAGAGGGUGGCGAUCAAGCCGGCGCCCACACCGCAAGCCCCGGAGCCUCAUGGGGCUGGGGCCGAGGCCGGGGCCGGGGCCGUGGCCGUGGCCGCGGCCGUGGCCUUGAUUUGGGGGCACAGCGCAGCGGUGAGGGGCAGGGCGAGAGCCGGUUCGCAGAUCCCGAGGGCUUCAGCUUCGAGUCUGAGAGGGAAAUGAUAAAGCAGCAAAGGGCGGUGCUCUGGCGACAGGCAGACCGGCCUGGCACCCCGGUUGACGACCGGGAGGUCGGUCCCAGUGGGAGAGGCGCUCCGGGCCCCAGCCCGGGAGAAUGGCAGCAGGCCUCCGCCGGCCCUCUCCGCCUCAGUGGUCCUGGGACAGGCCCGGCCUGGGAGAACCCGGAAAGGGGCUCGAAGAGCAGCAGUGUGAGCGUCCCAGUGGAUCCCCAGCAGCCCUCCGCGGAAGGCCCCGCCGUGCUGUCUGAGGACGCGGACUCUGAUGGCACAGAUGAGAGCAGCCACGUACCGGUGAUUACGGUAAUCAUUCGCACCAAAGAAGGAAACCCGGUGGAGCCCGGAAGCCCCGAGAAGCCAGCAGACCCUUGCAGACCCCCGAGUUUGCACGGCAGGGAGAGUAGCCGUCACGUCCAGGGCCCUCUCCCGACCUCUGCUCCCCACAGACUCACUCCAGCCGUGGAAGAGCUGGACGCGUCUUCCUCGAAGAAAGUGCGGAGCAGGGUCCGGGGAGAGGUGGGGGUCAGGCCCAGCUGCUCAGGAGCUGCCGUGACAGGGCCAGUACCCCGGGGCUCUCCAGGAAGGAAGGUGGCCCAGGACAAGAAAUCCCUGGGGGCUGAGCCAAAACUGGCCCCGGAGGGAGCCUUUCCUGCCUGGGGGCAGAGACGCUCAACAGUUCCGCAGGAUCCGGCCAGCUUACCGCCAGUCUCUGGUGUGGGUCUCCUGGGGAAGUCCGGGAGACCCAAGGAGCUCAGGCACCGCAGCCCUGGGAAGAAAUCCGCGGGAGGAAAGACCAGGGCGUCCCAGGCUGCGGCCAGAGAAGAUAAUGACCCAGAUAGAGAUGAGGUCCCAAGGGCCCAACUUCCCACACACCUGCCAGAGGUGAUUUCCCCAUCCAUUCGUCUUGGAGAAUGCAGCAGUGGGGACCCCGCCAUCAGAGCUCCCCAAGUUCCAGGAACCUCUCAGCCCUCGGCCUUGAGCGUGAGACGUCUGGUGCCCAGUCGCCGUCACCAUCGGCGGCCUGUCCGUCUCCCAAGACUGGAAAGGCAGCAGCCGCCGCCGGGACUCCCGGGCUGUCCUCGGUGUGUCUGGCUGCAGAGGGAAGUUGAGGACCUUAGAGACCAACUAGGUAUGACGGAGCCCUGGCAGGGGCAGACAGAGAUGGGCAGCGCUGUCUUCCCGCAGGAUGGAGCCAGCGUCUUCCUACAAGAUGUGCAGCUGGUACCUCUGGAGCCCCUGAGCUGCAGCCAAGCUGGUUCCCUCCGAAUCGUCUUCGGCCAAGGCUUCCUCUCUUCCUCUGCGUUUGCCCUCUUCCCACUGCAGUUCAAAGCAGUUUCAUUAAAGUCAGCGGCCAACAGCGCCUUCUGCAGCCGGUUGGCUCCAUACCCUUGA